AUGACAGAAGGAAUGGAACAAUGGGACUUGACGUCCAAGAUUUCUCCCUAUUUGGAUCGACACAUGAUGUUUCCCUUGUUGGAGUUUAUGGACGGUUUGAUCAAGGAAGGCAAGAUUGGGUACUCAUCAAAGGAUGUAGCUGCUGCUCGUCUCGCGUUGCUCAAGCCUACACACAUGGUCGAUUACGCAAUUGAUAUUCACAAGAGUUUGGAAGGCGGAACUGUACCAAAAGAAAUGGAGGAAAAGAAGGCAACUACUUUGAAAACCUUGGAAGAACUAGAGAAUGGCUGCAAGGCUCUGCAUGAAUUGAAUUCCAACGCAGAAGAGAAGUCCAAAUUGUUGGCUGCUGGAAAGUGGAACGUCCCUGCUCUUGGGGAUCAUAAGAUUACCCCUGAUGUCGUUGAAACUUAUCGCCAACAUGCUAAAUUCAAAUUUGAAUGUGGGGACUACAAGGGUUCUCGAGAUAUGCUAGAGGUUUACAUUUCAUUGUUUGCCAAGGCUCCCAAAGCCUCCAACUCUACAGAGGAUGACGAGUUGCUGGCAUAUACCAAUUCUUCCAAAUCGCAAUCAAAAGAAAAGGAAGAAACCGGAGACUCAAAUAUUUAUUACCUCACCGCUGUCAAUGAAAGCAUUUUGCAAACUCUUUGGGGAAAACUUGCUUGCGAAAUUUUGGUCGAAGACUGGGAAGCCGCCAGUGUCGCUGUCGAAGCCGUCAAGGCAGCCAUUGAAUCCUUGGUUUCCUCAAACCAAGUCAGUCCACUCAAGGCUCUUUCGCAACGUACGUGGUUGCUGCACUGGGCCUUGUUUGUCUACUGGAACAACUCUGCCAAGGGUGGUCUAGAACAACUGGUGGAACUCUUCCACACGGAACGAUACAAGCAAGCCAUUACUACCAAUGCUCCACACCUUUCGAGGUACUUGACGGCUGCUGUUCUAUUGUGCAAGCGCCGUCUGACCAAAAAGGCUGGAUCUCCCGGUACGGACGCCCGACGUGUCAUGAAGAACUUGAUCAAUGUCAUGCAAGACUGUGAACACACGGACCCCAUUGUCGAAUUUGUGAACUGUUUGUGCGUCAAGUUUGACUUUGAAUCGGCACAGACCAAGCUGGCCGAAUGCGAAAAUGUACUCGCCGCAGAUUUCUUCCUGUGCCAGCAAACGGCACUGUUCAUGGAGGAAGCUCGUGUCUUUGUAUUUGAGAAUUACUGUAGAAUCCACAACAAGAUUGACUUGAGUGCUCUUGGCACCAAGUUGGCCAUGAAUCAGGACGAAGCAGAAAGAUGGAUUGUCGACUUGAUCAGAAAUGCUGAUUUGGAUGCCAAGAUUGACUCGGAAGAAGGGUGUGUAGUAAUGGGUGGCAGUGUCCAAAGUGUAUACGAACAAGUAAUGGAGCGCACUCGGGAUCUCAAUGUACGAAGUGCCACUUUGACACAAAACCUAAAUACUGUCCUGAACGAGGCACGAAAAGAAAAGAAAAAGAAGGAGGAGGCAGCCCGUGAAGAAGAUUAG